AUGAAAAUUUUCGAUUUUUUCUCAAUUUUAAAUAUUUUUGGACUAACUUUCGCUGGCCAUUUUCAUGGUGGAAAAUGGUUCAAAAAACGACCUAUCGUAGAAAUUCAAGAAACCACAACUAUUGAGCCAGAUCCGAUUCUGGAGCAGCCAACUCAAACUCUAACAUCUCAAAGUCUUGCAAAUAUGAUGAGAAUUGGUGGAGGAUAA